UUUAGAUGUGAAAUGAGAAAUUGAGAAUGCCAUUUAGCAAUGGUGAAGAUCCUCCAUUUCAGGAUAAAAGGAUCUAAAGUUAGUGGAUCGGAUCUAUCCUAAUUGUUUCUCCCUAAAUUUGAUUCGAAGAAUACCCUUUGUGAAGGGGGAGAGUGAGGGGUAGGGGUGGGAUUGAGGGACUUGGUCACAAUCAUUGUCCAAAAUUCUUCAAUUGAAUGGAGGGCAAAUUUUUAUUACAGUUAGAAUGAGAACUAUACUCUAUGGAUACAUCUACGCUGGGAGAAAUAUUUAUUUUUAUAUAUGUAUUUACUAGUUAUACGCUGGGACAAACCCGUGAAUGCUGCAUAUGAUGAUGCUUUUUCUUUCCAGAUCGCAGUUUAUGGGAAAAACUUUAAUCGCACUGCAAAAGAUGCGUGGGAGUUAUUUCAGUCAACUGGUGUUGAAGCACUUAUUGCUUAUGAUUGUUCAGGUGCUGUACUAUUGAUGGCAACGCUCUUGGGUGGGCCUGUUGCUGGAACAUGUGCAGGAGUUUGGGCGUGGAUUAAACAUUCCGAUCGAGUGAUGAUGGUCGGAUCUACGGCCAUGUUCAUGGGAAUGAUCUUGGUUGGCUAGGCAACUGUAGUUGUGGAAAGUGCAGUAACAUCCAUUUACAUAUGCUAUGCCGAAGACCUCUCUCUAAUAAACAGGUAGGAUUCAGCCUUUUUUACUCUGAUCUCAGAAAAACUACAUCAGCGAUUGCAACAUAGAAGUGCAAGGGCAAGGGAAGUAUUAAGUCAUAAUAUAGAUUAUCAAAUCCAAGAAGCAGGUACUAUUUGACUUCCUUUUGCACAAGCAAGCACUGUGCAACUUUUUAUUGCAUUUUAUGGAGAUAAAUUUAGACUACAACUGAUCACAUAGUGACUCCUUUUUUCGACUAUAAUAUUGUCAUUACAUUAUAGUUCAGCCUA